GUUUUUAGCCAGUUUAACUGUAAAGUGCCUCGAAAUUUUCCAGUGGAACUGUCCAGUGCCCUUAAAGAUACUAUGACAAAUUUCUACUAGGGAUAAAGCUGCCGCGAGUAUGAAUGUCCAAGUUGGUUCUCUAUGCGAUCCUUCGAGUGUACAAGGACUGGCGCAUCUAUGCGAACACAUGUUGUUCUUAGGAAGUGAAAAAUAUCCAAAAGAAACUGAAUUUUAUUCAUACACUUCACAAAACGGUGGCAGAAUUAAUGCCGUAACUGAUUCGGAAAAUACAAAUUACUAUUUCGAUAUAAAUAGUGAAAAUCUCGAGGCAGCUUUAGAUCGUUUUUCGCAAAUAUUUUUUAAACCCCUAUUCAAUGAAUCAACGAUUCAGGGAGAAAUCAUCAACAUCAAUUCAGAAUACGAAAGAAAUGUGUCGAAUGAUUAUUAUCGUAUAAUGCAUAUCGAGAAAUUCUUUGCAAAACCAAAUAAUUCAUUUGCAUUUUUUUCCACCGGCAAUAUAAAAAGUUUAAAAACAAUUCCCGAAGAAAAAAAUUUGUACCUACGUAUGGAACUUAUUAAAUUUCACGAAAAAUGGUAUUCUGCAAAUCUAAUGACACUCUGUGUAUUUGGAAAAGAAAAUUUAAAUGAAUUGGAAAGUAUGGUUGUUGCAUAUUUUGCCCAGAUUCAAAAUAAAAAUGUUAAAUAUACAAGUGCAUUGGAAUUACCAUACGAGACUAGAAAUUUCAAUAUAAAAUUGCACAUUGUUCCAAUAUCAAAUUAUCGAAAUUUGAGUUUAAGUUUCAUGAUUCCAAAUCUUCAGAAUUUUGAACAAUUAUCGCAAACGGAUUACAUUACCUACUUACUUCACAAUGAAAGUGAGGGAUCAUUAAUUUCAGCUUUAAAAGAAAAACGCUGGUGUACUUACUUAUUCGCCGGAUUAUCAGAUGGCAAUAAAGGUAUAAACUUUUACGGUCUGGAAAUUAGACUCACCGAAGAAGGCUUCCAUCACAUCGAUGAUAUUAUUACAUUAGUUUUCCAAUACAUCAAUAUGCUCAAAAGUCAUAAAGACAAGGAAUGGUUGCUCAAUGAAUAUGCGGCAAUUCAAAAUUUACGAUUUCGUUUUAUGGAGAAAAUCCCUCCGAGAAAUUAUGUGAAACGUCUAUCUCAAAAUAUGGUACUUUAUCCAAUUGAAAAUGCACUUAGCGGUCCUUAUUUAUUACAAAAUUUUCAAGCAGAACUUGUUAGAUACAUUUUUGGAUUUCUAAGACCAGAAUUUAUGAGAAUUGUUAUUGUUGCCAAAGAAUAUGAAACAAUUGCCACAGAAGUUGAACCAUGGUAUCAGGGGAAAUUUUUCAAAGACAACAUAUCAAGGGAUGUUAUUUUGAAAUGGAGAAAUGCUAACUAUAUUGAUACGGAUUUUAAAAUUCCUAAUGAAAAUGAAUUCAUACCAACGGUAUUUGAUAUGGUUCAUAAUCCCUCUCAAGAUGACAGGUUUCCAAGAAUUAUUCACAAUACGGCAUUAAUGAGAGUUUGGUUUAAACAAAAUAGUGAAUUUCACUUACCAAGAGGGGUCUCAAAUUUUCACUUCAAGAGUCCAUUUGCAUACGUCAAUCCCGCGUAUUAUAACAAUUGCGUCAUAUUUACACAUUUAGUUGAAGAAUCCUUAAGGAAAUACUCCUAUUUUGCUCAUUCAGCUGGUUCACGAUGGAUUGUCACUCCUGAUAAUUAUGGUUUUAAACUUUUCAUCGAAAGCUACAGUGACAAACAUAUUUUCAUUUUAAAUAAGGUAAUGCACGAAAUCGCAAAUUUGAAAAUAGUUGAAUCACAAUUGCAGACUUUGAAAGAUGAGUACAUUGAAGAAUUGAAAAAUCUGGAUACUAAGGAGCCGUACCAUCAAGCACCUGUUUACUUAAAAAAUCUAUUGUUUGAAACAAUUUGGACUAGUACUGAUCUUCUUAAUGCAAGUGACAAAAUAACAGUAGAAUAUUUACAAGACUUUCUAGGGCAAUUAUUUUCAAAUAUGCAUGUCGAGGGUUUUAUUUACGGUAAUUUCACCGAAUACGACGCAGUAGCAAUGGUCCAACACAUUGAAUACAAAUUAUCAAACAUAAGCACAUACAACAGAGGAAAUUUAACACCAUUAUUACCGUCUCAAUUAACAACAAGUAGAGUAGUUCGUUUAGAGCCAGGUUAUCACUAUCUUUACGAGGUUGAAAAUAAAAUUAGCAAAAAUUCUUGUACAUUAAAGUACUAUCAGUUUGGAUUACAGGAUACAAGGACAAAAACACUUCUCGAAUUAUUUUUACAAAUUAUUUCUGAUCCAUUGUUUACAAUUUUAAGGCAGAAGGAAAAAUUGAGUUAUAUUGUAGAAAAAAAAGUGAGAACUGACUAUAGUGCAUUGGGUUUUACGAUUCUUGUUCAAAGUAGUAAACAUCCUCAAUACAUUGAAGAAAGAAUAGAUAAUUUCAUCGACACAAUGAAGGAGUACAUUAUAAACAUGACUGAUGAAAAAUUCGAAAAACUUAAAGAUACCCUUGAGUCAAAGAUGCAUGAGAAACCAGUGUCAAUGGUAACAUUAUUUGAUAGCUUCUGGAAAAAUAUUUCAACAAAAACUUAUGAUUUUGUCCGAAACUCAUUGGAACCACUUUUCUUGGCAAAUAUAACAAAAAAUGAUAUAAUAGAAUUUUUUGAGUUGAAUGUAGACAAUAAUUCAAAGUGCCAAAAUACAUUGUCUAUUCAUGUUAUUUCGAAUGAUCAAAAAAAUACUGAAGGAGAAAACAAUCAAAAUCAAAGUACACGGAACCGUAAAAUAAUUAAAAUUGAUAAUAUUGAAAAAUUCAAGAGUCAAUUGUAUCUUUUUCCAUUUUUGCCUUCAUUUUUGGAUUAAUAUAGACGACAAUUCAAGAUGGCGAAGAAAAUUUCAUAAAGAAAAAAAGUUUAAUAUUAAAA